UUGCUACAAGCAUGGGGAUGGUCAAGACUACCGUCUCUAGCACCGGUCAAUAGCAACCCCUUCACUUUUCCAUAUGCAAAAAAAUGGUCGGCACGCGGUAUGAAUUACAGCAGAUGUCCGAGACAUUGUAUUACUCAAUAUCGCAACCUGUUGGAUCACCUUCGACCGGCAGACUUCAUUUGGCGUCCAUACCUUAAUAUGGAUCAUGAGCAUCAGAUCAACCCUGAAGACGCAACCGUAUGGACAACAUGCACACCGAUAAUACGGUUCACAACAGUGGAGCUGCACAACACCGACCGUGUGAAGCUGCAGUUUGGUAUGGUCCAGAAUAUCCCAGAUCCCCCAGCUAGCCUAGGAGAAUGGCAUAUGCGUAAAGUGAACGACCAAUGGAACUACAACCCUUGGCAAACCUUCGCAAGAUCAGAGUGUCGCAAGUGGAAGCACCGUCAUGACCAUGUCUUAACUGACGCAGUCAUGCCAAAUGAGGUAAAACCAAGUCGUACUUAUAUGGCUUGGUAUAGAUCAGUUGGAUUUCAAUUCAUCGCCGAUGAUAUGUACCUCUACGACCCACGCCAGACAAGUUACACACAAGAAGGAUCAACAUCUAACCCCCAACAACAUUCUCAGCCCGGUUACUCACAACCACCUAUCCGACAAACUUUCUGUUCCACAAACACACAAACAUACAACCAAAACAUGCCAUUCACCCAACCCCAAAACCAAGAACGUCCCCCAUACCACCACCAACAAAUGGACCAUCAACCUUCGACCGAACAUCGCUUCGCACCCACACCAUCACCCUACCAAAGUCGCCUUACCCAAAACACUAAUCGCCCCAUCACCUACCGUAGCCAAGAACCCCAAACAUCACAAUACCAAAACAUCCCACAACCAUAUCUCUUCCAAACACCCCAACAACCUUUCCAACCUUUCCUAGACCCAUCAUUGUCACCCAUGUCCCCCUUCAACCGUCCCGGUCGCCCAUCCAUGAGUCAACCACACCCCAACUUCUCUGGCAUGGGUCAUGAGCUCAGCUACGCCGGUACACCAUCAUUGAAUACUGAAGACUAUGCUGAGUUGGCUGAAUACCUCAACGGAUCUUCUCCUGUAGGAGGUAAUGACGCUCCUGGACCAUCAGAUGAACAAACACCGGUGCAGAAUCGUCAACGUGGGUUAGGGCCAAGGGUUAGGGUAGCUAGGGGAUGUGGGACCGGAGGUCGGCUAGGUGAUCCCGAUCAUCACCAUUAGGAUUCUUUGUGUAAAAUUCAAAUUUUAUUAAUAUCAAUUCGUAUUAUGU